CAGUGCGCGAUAGCGGAUACAGCACGUAGGACAAGACCGACAAGCAUUUUAAUCAGGGAUUCAACCCUCGUUCUUAUCAUUGGUACAUAAGGCGCAGGUUUCCGAAUAAUCGUUUUCGCUACCAAUAUACCGGCGCAACAUUACCUAGUUUCGAGGCCAAUUUUGAAGUACUUUGUAUAUCAGCAUUAUUAACAGACUCUGUUCUGUUUAAACAUAAGACUUUGUCGCAUGACAUAAACAUUUGUCGAAAUCAUGAGUGAAGCGAAGACAAUCGACUCCGAGAAGAAGGUGGUCCAGCAAGACGAUGUCGAACGAGGAGGCCAUGGCAUAAUUACUGGUGAUGAUACGAGUAGCUUGGGCAAAGGCGACAUUCUGAGCAGAGAGCACACGGAUCCUGUUCUCAAUGCGAAGAUGCAUCUCAUCAAUAAUACUAUUGAUGAGAUUGGAUUCACGACUUACCACUGGAAGCUGUUCGUUCUGAACGGCUUCGGCUACGCUGUCGACUCCCUUAUCCUUUUAAUUCAGUCCGUUAUCGCCCGUCAGGCUGUUCUUGAGUUUAAUCCUGGAUAUCCAAACGGUCUCACAAUCGCCGCUUACGUGGGAAUGCUUGUCGGCGCGCUGUUCUGGGGCAUCGGUGCAGAUGUCAUCGGGAGAAAGAUCGCCUUCAACGUUUCUCUCAUUCUUUGCUCAAUCUUCGCGAUAGUAGCAGGAGCGAGUCCGAACUGGGAGGUCCUCGGACUCUUUGUGUGCCUCAGUGCAUUCGGCGCUGGAGGCAAUCUGGUACUUGAUACCGCGGUUUUUCUCGAAUAUUUACCUGGAUCGCGCCAGUGGAUGCUCACUUUAAUGGCAGCUUGGUGGGGUAUUGGUCAGCUUAUCGCUGGUUUCUUUGCGUGGGCCUUCCUCCCAUCCCAUAGUUGCAGUGAUCCGGCCGUCAUCCCCGACGCUGCUCCCUGCACGAAGUCCAACAACCAAGGAUGGCGAUACGUCUGGUACGCAUCUGGAGCCCUUGUAUUUGUCAUGUCCAUGGCCCGCAUUUUCGUCAUUCGUCUGAAGGAGACGCCGAAGUUCUUGGUUGGUGAGGGCAAGGACGCUGAAUGCGUCGACGUACUUCAGGGCAUCGCAACAAAGUAUAAUCGCCCGUGCAGCCUGACAUUGGAGGCAUUACAAGCCUGUGGAACCGUGAGUAGUCGCUCCGCACAGGGCAAGAGCAAGUGGGGGUUCGGAGAGGUUGGUGUGCAUCUGAAGGGACUUUUCAUCACGAAACGCAUUGGCAUCUCCACCACCCUCAUCUGGCUUUCCUGGACGUUGAUAGGGCUUGCGUAUCCCCUUUACAACGUUUUCCUACCUGCUUAUCUUGCUUCUCGUGGUGCGGCAUUCGGGCAGACAAGCCAGUAUAUCACCUGGCGGAACUACACGCUCGUCAACUUUAGCGGAAUCUGGGGCCCUGUACUCGCGGGGUACAUGUGCCACACGAAACUGGGACGCAAGUACACCAUGGUAAUAGGAGCAUUGAUUACCAUGGCGUUUUUCUUCGCGUACACGCAGGUCCGUACCGAGACGCAGAAUAUCGUCUUCACAUGCGUGAUCAACUUCUGCCUGAACAUCUACUACGGGACGCUAUAUGCUUAUACUCCUGAGGUGCUCCCAAGUGCACACCGUGGCACUGGAAAUGGCAUUGCAAUCGGCUGGAACCGCAUCAUGGGCAUCAUGAGUGCGGUCAUCGCUACGGUCGCCGACACGUCGACACCCGUACCGAUCUACAUCUGCGCUGCGUUGUACAUUGUAAUGGCAGCAAUCGCGGCGGUCUUCCCCUUCGAGCCAUACGGCAAGCGCAGCUCCUAAUUUAGGCCGGAAUUAUUUGGCGUUAGUUGAGACGAGAAGAUGGUUGGGCGGUAUGAUAUCUGGGUGGGGUCGGUUCGAGUUCAAUACCCCGUCGUAGCACAGCGACAAGCAGAGGCGUUAGUGCGGUAAUUUGCAUUAUUAGAUGAGCUAUGCAAUGUAGGGACAAUGUUCUUGCAUGAUGCAGCAAUAUGGUAAUUCAAUUUUGUCGGUAACCACAGUCUGAUGCCCAGAACGGUCUCUCACACUGCUCAGGUGGUGGCAGUACCUAGGUCUAACAGAGGCCUCCAGGGUUCAUUCUUAAUUCAUAGGCAGACAUGCACUUCAAGUAUAUGGAUGCUAUAAGUUAAGAAGCAAUGACAGUCCGCCUUGUACUCGCAGCAUCUCCCUCUCAAGCUAGUACUCAAC